CACUGUCAAUGUUUUCUUUGCGUGCUUGUUUUGUAGUUAAUUACUAUAUUUACUAUUUUAUAUUAAAGUGUUUUUAGUGAAAUACUGGUCGAGUCUUGUUUAUUAUAGGUGUUUUAUUUUGAAGAGGAUUAGCGAUUACAAUUCUGACCUUCAAAGUUAUCCUAAAUAUUGUCGCCAUUUUGACCAUGCUAGAUAAAAUUAAAUAGUUUAUUUUUAUUUGUUCAUCCUUAGAAAUUCCCUAGUGAGAUAUGUAAAUGGAUACCCAAUCGCGAAAAGGUCUACGACAAUGUCCCAGAAUACUAGUAUAGUAAAUUUCCUAAUUCACGACGCUAAUGGACAGCCCCAAAUGGUUAAAGUAGUUCAAAAUACAAAUACCCAACCCAUUGCUCAGUUAAAAUUAAAACAAAAUCCUGUGAAGGUUUUUAAAUUAUCUUCCUCAGUUGAAGGAAAUACUCAGCCUCCUGUUCUGCAACCAAUUCAGGUUACAGGCAUCAAAUGUGCUUCAAAAUUGGUACAAGUACCUGUUGAUACUUUAGCAAGGUUGCAAAGAAUUAAAUCUGAACCUGAAUCAAGUGUGAAUAUUGAAAAUAAUAUUGAGAAUCAAAGGCAGUUAGGUGAGGUUAAUGUUAUACAAUCCAUACCACCAGAACUGGUGCCUAUAGUAACAAAAUCUGAGCCUGAGGAUACUGUAGAGGGACACAAAGAGAGGUUCACAUCUAGUAAUUCUAUAAUGUCUCAUGCUUCACGGAGAAGACAUGAUUCUGACAAUGAUCCACCUGCAGAAUACACGACGAAAAGACGUAAGCAUGCAGAUAAAGUGGGCAAAGGUCUUAGGCAUUUUUCAAUGAAAGUAUGUGAAAAAGUAAGAAACAAAGGAUUUACUUCAUACAAUGAAGUGGCUGAUGAAUUAGUUUUAGAAUUUGCAGCAGGAAUGCACGGUUCAGCUGAUAGCCAACAAUACGAUCAAAAGAAUAUUAGGAGAAGAGUAUAUGACGCGCUCAAUGUACUAAUGGCCAUGAAUAUUAUAUCAAAGGAGAAAAAAGAAAUUCGAUGGUUAGGGCUUCCAACUAACUCGGUGCAGGAAUGUUCGGCUCUUGAAAAAGAAAAACAAACUAAAGUGGAGCAAAUACAGAAGAAAACACAGCAAUUACAAGAACUUAUAUUACAGCAUAUAUCAUUCAAAAGUUUAAUAGAAAGAAAUAAAGAAGCUGAAAAUAAAGGUAUAAAACCUUCACCAUCCUCAGCAAUCCACCUGCCAUUUAUAGUUGUAAAUACAAGUGACAAAGCACUGAUUGAUUGUAGCAUCUCUAAUGAUAAGACGGAGUAUAUGUUUAAUUUUAAUAAGAGAUUUCAAAUUCAUGAUGACAUUGAUAUUUUAAAAAGAAUGGGACUUCUUUAUGGAUUAGACAAGGGAGAGUGUACAGAGGAAGAAAUCGAAAAAGUCAAAAGUAUGGUACCAAAAUCUUUAGAAAGUUAUGUAGAACAAAUGGGUAGGGGAACGAGUAAUGCUCUUGCUGAUAUCCUUGACGAUGAAGAUGUAGAUGAACUUGGUGCCGAUGAAGAGGCAUUAGAGGGUGAAGCAGAAGGAGAGGAGCAAGAAGAUGGUAAUGAUUAUAGUGAAGACAGCAGUGAUGUGGAUGUCUAGCAACAAUCAUCUCUAGUAAUUGUAAUAUCAAUUUUUAAUAUUAGAAAUGAGGUUUACGGCUUCAUAGUUGACACAAAGUUGUGUCACUCCUGUAUAAUACAUUAAAUGUAAUAUUUUGUGUCAUCAGUAAGCAUUCUAGUAGAUAGGGCUCUGAAAUUAUGUGUAUUUUUUUUUUUCAGCUCAAGCUCACGUUUUAUAAAUUUAUCUUCUGAUAUUUCUGAAAUUAUUAGUUCUUAUGAAAAUAUACUUUUCAAAUGUUGAACAACUUGUGACUUUGAAAAUAUAUGUAUAUAUAUUUUUUGUUCAUAAUAUUCACAAUAUUUAUAAAAUAGAAUAUGUUUCGGCUGAUGACACAGUUUGAAUAUAAAUAAUUAAAGUAUGUUGUAGCUGAAGUUUUUUUUUAUUAAAUAUUAUUUGCUACAUAUGUUUAUUGUUAGUAUUUGACCUAUGUUAUAUGGUAAUAUUUUAUUUGUUUUCGCAUAUUAUUAGUUGAUGACAAAAUUGAAGUGAUUCAUUAAAGUACUUUUUAAUAAAACAUGAUCUCAUGAAUGAAGUAUUUCCCUGAAAACUUAUUAUUUGAUAAAAUUACUAGGAAAAAAAAAUGCACAAGAUAAAAUGACUUAUGUAUAUCUAAAUUUAAAAACUCGAGUCCAUUUUUAGCAAAUCUAUAAUUUAUAUUUUAGAUUUGGAAUUUGUUUAAAAGAUUGAAAUAAAAUAGAUUUUAAUUAUUGAA